GGCAGAAGGGAGGGAAGGACAUCAUUGCCGGCCCUAAGUACACCAUCAAGGUGGAGGGCAAGAAACAAACGCUGAUCAUCAACGACCUGGUCAAGGAGGAUGAAGGGGCUUACAUGGCUGUGUUGGGCGCACUCAAAGAGAAGUUUGAGCUCCAUCUAAAGGAAGAAGGAAAGACUGCUGCCCCAGCGGCUGUGGAAGGAAGCAAAGCUCCUGCUGAAGAACACAGUCAUGUUGAACUUCCUGUAGAUGAUACUGCUCCGGCUGAUGCUCAUCAAAACCUGACUGGUCUCUUCGUUGAGAAGCCUGAAUCGGUAACAGCCCACGUUGGUCAGACUAUCUCGUUGAUAGCUAAGGUUGAUUCCAGCAAACUUGUAAGGAGACCAGCUAUCAAGUGGUUUAAGGGAAAAUGGCUGGACCUGGGAAGCAAAGCCGGAAAGGUGUACCAGUUCAGUGAAAAAUAUGAUGGCACAGCAAAGGUUUACACCUAUGAGAUGAAGAUAAAGGUCGAUAAGAACGUCGCAGGUGGCUACAGGUGUGAGGUGACCUCAAAAGAUCAGUUCGACAGUGUGGCUUUUGACAUCACUGUUGAAAGUUCAGUAGAAGAGUCUACUAAUAUUCUUUCAACUUUCAAGCGGACAGCUACAGCUGGUGAUGAUGCCGGAGAGCUGGAUUUCAGUGCACUCCUGAAGAAAAGGGAAGUCAAAAUUGAAGCAACUCCAACCGAAGAUGUCGAUGUCUGGGAAAUCCUGAAGAGUGCCAAGCCCUGUGACUAUGAGAAAAUUGCGUUCCAGUACGGCAUCACUGACCUACGGGGCAUGUUGAAGAGAUUGAAGAAGAAAAAGAGGGUGGAGAAGAAGAGCGAAUCAUUUGCUAAAAAGCUGGAGAGCGCAUAUCAGGUAGACAAAGGUGGCAAAAUUCGAAUGGCCAUAGAGCUGGCAUCACCAAACUUGGAAGUGAAAUGGUUGAAGAAUGGGAAGGAAAUCAGACCAAGUGGCAGGUACAUCUUUGAGAUCAUUGGACUGAAGAGGGUGCUGACCAUUAAGAACUGCACGCUGGCAGAUGACGCAGAAUAUGAGUGUAUCAUUGGUGAAGAUAAAUGUACCGCUGACCUCUUCGUCAAGGAGCCUCCUGUCACCAUCCUUGUGCCCCUGGAUGACCAGCAUGUAUUUGUGGAUGACCGGGUUGAGUUCGAUUGUGAGGUCUCAGAGGAAGGAGCAGUUGUAGUCUGGUCAAAGGACGGGGUGGAGUUGACCCGAGUGGAUUCCAUGUCACAUCGCAUUAAGAAGAGCGGAAAGAAGCAUAUGUUGAUUAUUAAUGAUGCCAACAAGUCUGAUGGAGGUCGUUACAAGAUCAUGACUAACGGAGGGGAAUCAGAAGCUGAUUUGAUUGUGGAAGACAAGGUCCUGGAGAUAUUGCAGAGUUUUGCUGACCUGACAUUGAAGGCCUCAGAACAGGCAGUCUUCAAGUGUGAAGUGUCUGACGACAAGGUGACAGGCAAGUGGCUGAAGAACGGGAUUGAGGUUGUUCCCAGUAAGCGAGUCCACAUCACCCACAAUGGCAGGUUUCAUAGACUUGUGAUUGAUGGUGUGACACCAGAUGACGAAGCUGACUACACCUUCAUUCCAGACGGUUAUGCCAUCUCCCUCUCUGCCAAGCUCAACUUUUUAGAGGUCAAAAUCGUCUAUGUCCCCCGACAAGAGCCUCCUAAGAUCCACCUGGACUGCACAGGCAGUGUGGUUUCCCAUAAUACCAUUGUUGUGAUAGCUGGUAACAAGCUCCGACUGGAUGUUGACGCCAGUGGUGAACCCCCUCCAACUAUUAGCUGGUUCAAGUCCGAUGAGGAACUCUCGGCAUCAGAAGGCCGCCUGCAGAUUGAGACAAAGGACAACGUCAGCAGUUUGGUGUUGGAAGGAGCGGUGAGAGAGGAUGAGGCAAAAUACAAUAUCGUGGUCAAGAACCCAGCUGGUGAAGAUAAGGCUACCAUCUUCCUUAAAGUUGUCGAUGUGCCUGAUCCCCCUGUGAAUGUCAAGAUCAUUGGCAUUGGAGAGGACUGGUGCACAGCGGGAUGGGACGUUCCUCCAUAUGAUGGUGGCCAGCCCGUCACAGGUUACUUACUGGAAAGGAAGAAGAAAACUAGCCAGAGGUGGAUGAAGUUGAACUUUGAACCUAUACAAGCCACAAGCUUCACUGCCAGCCGGAUGAUAGAGGGCUGUCAAUAUGAGAUGCGUGUGUAUGCUGUGAAUGGGAUUGGCACAUCUCAACCCAGCAUUUCUUCACGGACUUUUAUGCCACUUGCCGUCCCUGGCGAGCCAACGCACUUAACUGUUGAAGAUGUUACUGACACCACCAUUACCCUGAAGUGGAGAAUACCUGAACAGAUUGGCGCUGGUGGAUUGGAUGGAUACCUGAUUGAAUAUUCAAAGGAAGGCUCCGAUGAAUGGAUCGCAGCCAACAAAGAACUGGUGGAUCGUCUAGGAUACACAGUCAAAGGCCUUCCCACCGGAGAGAAGAUUAACAUCCGUGUGCGGGCAGUGAACAUAGCUGGAAAGAGUAAACCUGCCGUACUCGGCCAGCCGGUCACUAUCCGUGAGAUUGUCCAACACCCAAAAAUCUGGCUACCACGCCAACUGAGACACACAUUCGUAAGGAAGGUUGGCCAACAAAUCAAUCUUUUGAUCCCUUUCCAGGGAAAGCCACGGCCUUUGGUCACAUGGUUGAAAGAUGGGCAGCCGCUGGACUCCAAGCAAGUCAGUACCCGCAACAGCGAAGUGGACACCAUUCUCUUCAUCCGAAGUGCCGAGCGCAGUAACUCUGGGAAAUAUGAGCUCAGUAUUCAGAUUGAGAACUUGAUCGACAAGGCAACAGUCAAAAUUCGGGUUGUUGAUAAGCCUGCACCUCCGGAAAGCCUGAAGAUUGUAGAUGUCUGGGGAUUCAAUGCUAGCUUGGAGUGGACACCACCAAAGGACGAUGGGAACACAGAAAUCAUUGGCUACACCAUUCAGAAAGCCGACAAGAAAACCAUGGAAUGGUUCACUGUGUAUGACCAUAACCGUAAACCUCACUGCACCAUCUCUGAUCUCAUCAUGGGCAACGAGUACUACUUCCGUGUCUACAGUGAGAAUAUCUGUGGUCUAAGUGACAGUCCAAGAACAACAAAGAAUACGGCCUAUAUCCAGAAAGACAGCAAGAUUUAUGCAUCACCACCGUUCAAGGAGCAUGACUUUAGCCAAGCACCGAAAUUCACACAGCCUCUAUUGGAUCGUUCUAUUGUAGCAGGUUACACAGCAAAGCUGAGUUGCUCUGUACGAGGCUCUCCUAAACCAAAGAUUGUCUGGAUGAAGAACAAAAUGGCAAUCAUAGAUGAUCCCAAGUUCCUGAUGUACCACAACCAAGGCGUCCUGACACUGCAGAUCCGUAAGCCAAGCACAUUUGAUGGUGGAAAAUAUAGCUGCAAGGCUGUAAACGACCUGGGUGAAGCUGAGGUGGAAUGUAAACUGGAAGUGAGAGUUCCUCAAUAAAGCGCUCUUUGUAUAGUGCAGCAACAGCAUGGCAGCUUCAAUUCACUUUCCCAGAAUGCAUGGCAACCGUUUUCUUCAAGCAACAAAGGAUGAUUGGAGCGAUGCCAACUAUUCCCCUCAAAAUGGAUAUGGCUACAUUUGACUGUAUUAAUAUAUGAAAGCAUUAUCUUGUCCUUCAGUUUUAUGUCACCCAUAUAUAUUUUUAGUGAAAUAAAGAGGUUAGACAA